AUGGACCAGCGGCCGGUUGGGAGACUCAGCGCUGCUUUAUAUCUUGGAAUCCCUGCGCUCGACAGCCCAAAAGACCUCGAGGACCUUCCUUUUGAGGAAAUCGCAACUCCUGGCUUUCCGCGACAGCCUUAG